AUGCUUCAUUACCGCACCGAGGGCUUCAAUGGGUCUGCCGUCAAAUACUCCCCCUUCUACGACAAUCGCCUAGCCGUCAGCGCAUCGGCGAACUUUGGCUUGGUUGGAAAUGGUCGCCUAUACAUCCUCGAAUUAACCCCAAAUGGCAUUGUGCCUGCAAAAGUUUACACCACACAAGACGCUCUAUACGACCUCGCCUGGUCCGAAGUUCACGAGAACCAAUGUCUUAUCGCCUCCGGAGACGGAAGCAUCAAAUUAUUCGACAGCUCUGUAAACGAUUUCCCCGUGCAAGCAUGGAAAGAACACAACCGCGAAGUCUUCUCCGUCCAUUGGAACCUCGUCGCUAAAGAGAAUUUCUGCUCGAGCAGUUGGGACGGCACUGUCAAGGUCUGGUCACCUCAACGACCGCAAUCGCUUCUUACCCUACCAACGCAUAGCUGCACGUACUCGGCCGCGUUCUCCCCUCAUUCCCCGGAUAUUUUGUCCUGUGUGACGUCGGAUUCGCACAUUCGCAUUUUCGAUCUUCGCACUCCGGCCUCUGCGUCGAAUCAUUUGACUAUGCAAAUUCCGAUACAUGGUGGUGGCGGUUCAGCCAUACCCGCACCUGGCCAAGUCGGACAGGCCCCCGGCGCUACUCCUCCCUCUGAAUGCCUAACGCACGACUGGAACAAAUAUCGCUCCUCUGUUCUUGCUACCGCGGGUGUUGACCGUGUAGUCCGCACAUUCGACAUUCGAGCACCGCAACACGGUCCCAUGGCUGUUAUGCCGGGUCAUGGCUAUGCAGUCCGCAAAUUGGCUUGGUCUCCACAUCUUUCUGGUCUUCUUCUCACAGCUAGCUACGAUAUGACGUGCAGGGUAUGGAACGAUCGCGGUGAUGCGCAGGCAGAUGCAGACCCCAUGCGCAUGGGACCAACUGGCCCUAUUCUGGGCGAGGAGUUGGGCUGUAUGAAUCAACAUACCGAGUUUGUUACUGGUGUUGACUGGUGUCUGUUUGGUGCGGAGGGAUGGUGUGCGACAGUUGGUUGGGACGAAAGUCUAUACGUCUGGGAUGUCAGGGCUUUUAUGAAGCAAUAG